AUGCCCGCCACUGCCAUCCAGAACGAUGAAGCGGCCAAGCUCAAACCUCUUCUUUUCAUGACUGCCUUUCCAGGCGAGGGACAUACCAAUCCCCUGAUCACUAUUGCAUCGCACUUGGUUAAACGCGGAUAUGAGGUAGUCUUCAUGGCCCCAUCGGUCUACGAGAGCCAGAUCAACGAGGCUGGCGCCGAGUAUCUUUUUGUUGACAAUCCAAUCACCGACUCGGUUUUCGAAGCUUUUCGCGAGGCCUCUGAGCGGCCUCAAGGCCCUGAGCGUUUGGCCGCUCAGUACAAGGCUAUCUUCUUGGACAUGCAGCCGACACGUACUCAAAGCACUGAGAAUGCCUUGGUGAUGUUGCAGGCUCGUCAUCCGGGUCGACAGAUCAUUCUUCUGGAGGAUGUUUUCAAUGCUUCCUUUUGGGCUUUCAAGUACGGGCGGCCUCUGCCGGCUGGUCUCGAAACUCUCCCCAAGUCAAUUGGCUUUGGGGUUUCGCCCGUGCUGGUCGAGAGCCAAGAUACCGGACCGAUAUCGCUCGGCCUGCCUCCAGAUACGACGGAUUCCGGACGGGAACGGAACAAGGCCCUCUAUGAUCUUGCCGAGAGCGGCCCGCUGAAGUUGAUGGUAGAUGCGUGGCAGGACUCAUGGAGCAGGUGUGGGUGUACGAGCAUUCCAGAUGGCAGGAUGUUCAGAUCGUUUUACGCGGCGCAUGACCAUACGCUCCAGUUGUGCUCACCAAGCUUGGACUACCAACUAUCUGAUCUGCCAUCCUGUCUCGAAUUUGUCGGCGUCCUCCCCCGAAAGCCUCGCAAUUUUACCAUCCAAUAUCCUCUUUGGUGGUCAGAAGUUGAGAACAGGCACGAGCAUUACCGCCAUGUCAUCUUCGUGUCACAGGGAACUCUCAAUCCUUUCUGGUCUGAACUCAUUAUUCCAACACUUAACGCCUUCUCCGACCGACCUGACAUUCUCGUCGUGGCAACUUUGGGUGCUCGUGGUGCUGAGCUGCCCCCGGAAGUCACCAUUCCAUCAAACGCCCGGGUCGUCGAUUACUUUCCAUACGACACCAUGCUGGAGUUCGCCGACGUGUUCGUUUCCAACGCUGGUUAUGGAACUCUUACUCAUGCUGUUAGCAACGGAGUUCCUGUCCUGCUUGCUGGCCAGAAUGAAGAGAAGAUUGAAGUCACGAUGCGAGCCGUACAUGCUGGGGUUGGACUUAGCUUGGGGACGCAAACGCCCUCCAUCGAACAGGUCAGACGAGGUGUCGAACAGAUUCUGGCGGAUAACAAGUAUAAGAAGGCGGCGAUGAAACUCAAGGUGGAGAAUGAUGGCUUAGAUGCCUUAUCUGCGAUUGAGUUGAAAGUCAAGAAGUUGACAACAUGA